UCUCAAAUUCGAACUUCUAUGGCACUGCUGAGUGAGUUGAAAGUUUUAGAAAAUAGACAGAGAGAGAUGGGUCGGAUUCCAUGCUGUGAGAAGGACAAUGUGAAAAGGGGGCAGUGGACACCUGAAGAAGAUAACAAGCUAUCUUCAUACAUUGCCCAACAUGGCACUCGUAAUUGGCGGCUCAUCCCCAAGAAUGCCGGUCUACAAAGAUGCGGGAAGAGCUGCAGGCUGCGGUGGACGAACUACCUCCGCCCUGACCUUAAGCAUGGCCAGUUCUCAGACGCUGAAGAGCAAACCAUUGUCAAACUUCACUCUGUUGUUGGUAACCGAUGGUCGAUAAUUGCAGCACAACUGCCUGGUCGCACCGACAAUGAUGUGAAAAACCAUUGGAACACCAAGCUGAAGAAGAAGCUAUCGGGCAUGGGGAUAGACCCUGUCACCCACAAACCCUUUUCCCACCUCAUGGCCGAGAUUGCAACCACACUGGCACCGCCACAGGUGGCUCACCUUGCAGAAGCAGCACUUGGCUGCUUCAAGGAUGAAAUGCUCCACCUCCUCACGAAGAGGCGCAUUGACUUCCAGUUCCAACAUUCUAAUGCAACACCAGGGAACAGCACAGCCACUUACAUUAACAGUAAGCAGGAAGAAAAAGAUGACACUAUUGAGAAGAUCAAGAUUGGUUUAUCCAGGGCUAUGCAAGAACCAGACAUGUUAACCUCAAACAAACCUUGGGACCCUACUGGAGCAACAUCUGCAAACUUUACAGGGAACUGCAGUGCUUUUCCCUUGCCCAUGUCCGGAUUUCAGUAUGGCCCUUCGACUUUCGGGAAUGAAGGGGAUGGAUCACCGUGGAGCCAAAGUAUGUGUACUGGAAGCACGUGCACAGGGGGAGACCAGCAGGGCCAGUUGCAUGACAAACUAGGGGAACAAAAUGGAGAGGAAUCCGAGGGUGGAAAAGAGUUGAGAAAUGGAUCCAACAUAUUCAACUCGGAUAGCAUCUUGUGGGAUUUACCAUCUGAUGAUCUAAUGAAUCCUUUGGUCUAAAAUAAUUUAUACAAGCAUUGUGAGGGGGGAUAGGUAAAAAUAAAUAUCAAAUGGCAGCGCUAAACAAUGAUAAUGUAAAUAAGGCUUCGUUAUAUAAAUUAUGGUGAAAGAAAAAUCUUAUGAAAAAUGCAUAAUUUAUUGCUGACUUUCAAUCAAUUGUGAAAUUGUGAUACAACUAUAUCCUCUCUCUUUACUAUGAAUUACACGGUGAAUCAUGCAAAAUAUGAAGAA